AUGAUAUUUUUACAACUAUGCAAGUCGACACAAGACACAAGUUCCAAACAUACUAUCAUACCUUAUGGUCUGGCUAAAAUACUUGGUAUUAGAGAUGUUAAGAAAUCCGAGUUACAACUUCCCGCUUAUGACGGAAAUUUAAUUAAGAUCAUCGGCAUCACACAAGUUAAAGGGACUUAUGAAGGUAUCUCAAAAUAUUUACAAGCGGUAGUCGUUGAAUCAAGGAAAAAUACCUUGUUGGGACGUACAUGGAUCAACGCUUUCAAAAAUAUUUUAAAUAAAUUUAUAGCAAAUAUUGACACUAAUUACAAAGAUGAAGUAAAAAGAUUGAUUAUAGAGUGUGAAUCCAAAUUGACUAAUGGGCCAAUCAACAAAGCAAGUGUCAAUUUACAUUUAAGAAGAGAUGCCCAACCUAAAAUUAUACCGCCUAGAUGUAUUCCUUAUUCAAAAAUUGAUCUUGUGAGCAAUGAACUUAAAAAAUGGAUACAUGAUAAAAUUUUUGAGCCGGUUCCGAUAGAUAAAAGUUGCAGAAAUAUUUUAACUAUAUAUACGCAUUACCGAUUUACUAGACUUCCUUUUGGGCUUACCUCAUCUGCAAUCUUCCAACAGAUCAUGGACCAAAUCUUCGGUGACAUGGAAGACGUCAUAUUUUAUAUUGAUAAUUUACCUGCUGAAUUAUCAACAUUUCUGGGAAUGGCUGGCUACUAUAGAAAAUUUUUGAACAAUUUUGCAGAAAUAGCCGAUCCUCUAUAUAGAAUUGUCAACAACGAAAAAUGGGCUUGGAACUUAGAACACUUUAAAAGUUUUAAUGAUCUUAAGAAGUUGAUUAGUCUUCCACCUGCUUUGACAUAUUUUAACCCUGAAUUACCUAUAGGGAUAGCCACUGACACAUCUAAAUGUGGUUUAGGAGCUGUAUUAUUUCAUACUGAAAAAGACGGUAAAGAAAAACCUAUAGCUUUCGCGUCAAGAAUUUUAUUAAAAUCCGAAAUGAACUAUACCAAUAUUGAGCGUGAGGCUCUCGCUAUUAUGCUCGAAAUAAAGAGGUUCCAGGAAUAUUUAAUCGGCACAAAAUUUACAAUUAUUACUGACCAUAAACCUCUAGUUCACAUCUUUACCAAGGGUCUUAAGGAUAAUAGUACCAUGUCCUUAAGACUCCAGAAGUGGAAUAUAACCUUAGGAGGAUAUGAUUUUAACAUAAAGUAUAAAGCCGGUAAAUAUAAUGUUGUUCCUGAUUGUCUCUCGAGAUUGCCACAAGAAUGUCAUGAUGAAGUUGUUGAAAAUAUCACUAUAAUAAAUGACUAUGGGGAUUUACCUAUCAAUUUAAUCAAAUUCGUGAUGAAACUUUGA